AUGUCUUCCUCAAACCCCAGCCAAGACUACAAAUCCCCUCAUCCAUCAGAGCGCAUUCCAACAACAGGAAGGCCUGUGCCCUCCUCUGUAUCCAUCCUUUACGCCUCGGCCCUGCAAAAUCUGUACCGGAAGAAAGCCAACAACGGUUUGGGCUGUGCCAUGAAACCCCAUGCCAGCACCAGCCUUGACGAUGCGUUGUCUAGACCAAGGGCCUGCCGAUCCCGCUCAGCUCCCGAAUUCAGAGCGUGGACGGGCGAAAGAGAGCACAACAUGUGGACCUAUUCCAAGGACCCGCGGGGUAUCUUGCCGAGCCGGAGAAUCGAGCAGCACGGGAUGCAGGAAGGGUGCGGGAGUGAUGGCAAGGUAUUUCCGCCGACUUGGGUGGUCGAGAGAGGGAAGCGAGAAGAGAAGUUGUACCCACAGUAUGGAGAGUUCAAGGGGAAGAAGGUGUGCGAGGAACGUCGGUGUCCAGCCCACAGGACGUCAAGAGUACGUCAACAGCAAAAAGAGGGUCCCGUUGUCUUUCAACCUUGCCUCAAGGGCGUAUUCACCAGUUGCACGAUUACGAAAAGCGCGCUGCCGGCACCAUGGUGCAACAUGACGGAGCCAGUCUUUCAGGAUUGGUUCGUCCAGAACCUGGCGGCCAUUGGAAUCAGUGCUGAAUUCAGUCAUGCGAGAUUGGCAGCCAUGAGCCGCGAGGAAGAUAGGCAGAAAUGGAGGGCGGCUGAUUCAGAGAAGGUGAGUGGGAAAGAGGCGAGGAUGAUGCACAAUAUCUUACCACCGGAGGCACUCAGGCAGCUGUUGGCUACCACAGGGCAACCAGAUCCGCCGGAAUUGGAUGGCGCGCUGGUGAUGGAGAUCAAAGAGCAUCUGAAGUGCAUAGCAGAAAGAAGACGGGCGAGGAGGGACGCAGCACGGGGAUAUGCUGCGCCACAGCGGCAGAGCGUUGGCACGGCCGGUCAAGGAUCAGCGAACGAGACUUGGUUUGUGCAGAAGUGCAAGGCUGGCUGGAGGGGAUUGUGGACUUGA